GCCGACACGUGACGCGCUCACUUUCCCCUGCGAGUUUGACAGGAGUUUCGAGGGGGCUUUUUUCCGCGGCUCCGCUCGGGAGGGAACAGCAGUCGCGGUAUAGCGCUCCGCCCGAGCCUCUGAGGAGCGAGGAAAGCGCACUCCGCCGGGCUGCGGACGGACAGACAGAGCAGAUCCGACCCUCAGCAAGCAUGUCCGAGCCCGGCGCCCAGACGGCGGACAAGGAGUCCCGAAGCCCGGCGGCCCAGCUGCUUCUGGGGCUGCGUUGGGGCCGCCUGGAGGAGCCCCUGGGAUUCAUUAAGGUGCUGCAGUGGCUGUUUGCCAUUUUUGCCUUUGGAUCCUGUGGUUCUUUCAGUGCAGAAACAGGGGCUACUGUGAAAUGCAAUGCAGAUCCUAAGGAGAUGACUGCUAUCACUGUGCAGUUUGGAUAUCCAUUCAGGUUGUACAAAGUUCCAUUUGACAUGCCAGUCUGUGAUCAGGAUUCUACUGAUAAAAGGACACUGCAUCUCAUGGGAGACUUUUCAGCACCUGCUGAGUUCUUUGUGACCUUGGGGGUCUUCUCUUUCCUGUAUACCAUGGCAGCUCUUGCUGUCUAUCUGCGAUUCCACUCCCUCUACAAAGAGAAUAAGAGACUUCCUUUUGUGGACUUUUGUGUGACUGUCUCAUUUACAUUUUUCUGGCUUGUGGCAUUUUCAGCUUGGGGCAAGGGCUUGUCAGAUGUAAAAGGGGCCACUCGGCCCUCUAGCCUCAUUGCUGCCAUGUCAGUGUGCCAGCUCAAAACCGCUAUAUGCAACGCAGGGGCUACACCCUCUAUGGGACUGGCCAACAUCUCUGUGCUGUUUGGUUUUGUCAACUUUAUACUGUGGGCUGGAAACUGCUGGUUUGUCUUUAAAGAGACCCCUUGGCAUGCACAAACCACCAACAAGGAAAGCUCUGCUGAACAAGGAGCUGUUGAUAAGCAAUAAGGAAUCUGCCCUCUUGCUCCUGAAGCCUCCUCUUCCCCACCGAGAACAGACAGUGCCUUCUGUUACAUACAUGCUCAUCUUUUUUCACAGCAGUGUGGGAAAUGUGCCUUCGCCACCAUCUUUGCUGCUGUCCAGUAGUCAUGCAGGCCUCCCUCCAUGACUGUUAUGGGACACUUUCCUCUGACUCAAAUUGGAGGCCUUCUUGCGGUCCUAGACUGUACAUGGUUGCAACCAAACUUUUAUUUCAUUUGAUUUUUUUAUUAAUAAAUGUUUGGUAUUGUACAUUGUAACUUCGGCCAUAAGUCCUAGGCUUUGCAGCAGUUGUUUUUUUCACAUCUGCUUUUGUUCAGUUUAAAGAAAACUAGCAAAGCAGAAUAGGUAAGGGCAUCCAGAGAGCCGAGGCACUAGUGCUUCAGAACAUGGAUCAUCUAGAUACUUUCCAGAGAAAGCACACCUUCUCGGCAGCCAUGAUAAAAGCAAAAACAAUCUGCCACUUGACCUAGCAGCAAGAGAAGGGAGAGAAUAGAAGGAAUAUUUUUACAUUCAAUAUGCUUGAAGGAAAGAGGGCAUGAUAUUUCUCUCCAUUGCAUUGUGGAAUUGGAAUGUGCUGAAUGUCUCUCUGCCUCCUUAAAUACAAUUGGAUCAAUGUCUAGCACCUUUUGGCUGCAAAAGGAUAGGUCCCCUUGUAGACAAAGAUCUUUGGGCUGUUUUCUAGUCAUAGACAGAAGUAGAUUGUGUUCAUGUUGAGCCACGAAUUCUGAUUUGUUAGGGUCACCUGUUCGGCAGUUGCUGACUUCUUUUCCUGUGCUGUGCUGGCAAAUCCCUUUUCUAUGUGGAAGCUGCAUCUUUAGAGGGCUUUUUAUUGUCGCUCCUCUGAUGAAAAUCACAGAAAUAUGUUUCAAUAUCUUCUGGAGCUUAGUUUAUUUUUAAAUACAGCACAACCAGUGGUCCUCCUUGGGUAUCCAAUGCCCAGCUCCCAGAAUAGUUGCCUAUAAAUUUUGGGGCCCAAGAGACCUAGGGCAUUCAUUUCCUGGUUGACAAACAUGGAGCUUGUUAUAUUGUAGACAGUCUGUUUAGGACCAGCUACUGAGCCCUAUAUUUUGUGUUGUGUAUUGUUUGUUCCUGAACUCUUGUAUGCCACCAUCACCUGCUCUCAUCCCCUUUAAGUCCAAUGUGACAGUAGAGAUCUGGCUGCAGAACUUUCAGGGACUCCUGACUAAGGCUUAAUGCAUCCUAGACCUUCAAGGAAAUGCAGUGAUUUUUUUUAAAAGGAAUCGGGAUCCCUGCAUGUCCCUCUGGUGAAUGAUGGGACCACCAUGGCACAACAUUAGGAAAAUAUUAAUGUCUUCUUUCCCUGUGCCUUUAAAAUCAUCAACAACAUCAGUAAGAUACAACUUGCUAUUACAUAUAUUAGGGAAGUUAUUUGCGCGAGAGAUGAAUCUAUGACUUUCUUUUCUUUGCAGAUCAUGCCAUUGCUUGGUGUUUUACCCCAGGUCUAUUCUUAACCCUUCUUGUUUUCCAUUUCCUGAAACCUAUGUGAGUAAAUAGAGAAGAAGCUUCUAGGGCUUCAGAAAUCCUUAAAUCACCAUGUUUUCAAUUAUCUAAUUUUGGGUGGAGAAAAGUAGCGUCUUUUGAGAGUGAGAUGUGGUGGGAUGGAGGUGUCAGACCUCUGCCUCCUCUAUUAAACUUUUCUUAUCAGACCUUGUUUGGACUUGGUCUUUUUCUUGUUCCUGUUCCCUUCCUCAUUUCUAUGCUGGGGGAGAGGAAUUCUCUUUUACUGAAGGAGAAACAUUAAUGGUGCUUCAUUAGCUGUGGGACCUCUAUGUUAAGCCCAGAUUUCCUUACAGGUUUUUUGUACUUUUCUCUCUUCUUUCCUAACUUGAGUCUUGUUAUCACUGCUACCUCUGCAUCACAGAAAGUGGAAUUCUAUGGCAUUUCAGCAGUGAAGCCACAAGCCCUAAAGCAUGUAGUCACCUGAAAGGCAGCAGCGCCCAGCUUCCUGUAACUAACAACUGGUUUGAUACACCAAGAAAACUUGCCAGUAGAAAGAUUUCCUUCCAAGUUUUCAAUCCAGUAGUCUUUUAAGAUGACUUUUUUCCUGGUCAUUUUUAAAAUCCAUGUUAUUGGCCACCAGUUGUGGUCGCUUUGGAAACCCCUUUUCACAUGCUAAUACAUUGUGUGACUGCCCUUUAUAGGCCCCCUAGAAUCUUUCUCUGAAGCACUUCAUAGUACAGACAUUAUGGACAUCUAAGAGAGUAAGUCAGCCUUCCAUGUCUUCAGUACUUAGAGACAUGAAUCUUUCAUCCCAUAAAAACUGAUUCUUUUUUUCCCUGCAUCUUUUGGAGAUAUUUACUAGUAUCUUAAAGAUUUAUCCAAGGGUCUCAGCUAGUAUAAAUCAGUCACAGUACUGAGUGCUGCCACUAUACACUAGCUGAAGAUCCUUUGAAUUUAAGCUAUGGGAACAAAUUGGAUGAUGUUGCUCCAAAACUUGAGAAAAGUUUUAUGUGUGAACUAGCAGUAGAAGUAGGAAUAAAUUAGGGAGGGGAUAUGAUCCAAUCAUCGGCAAGGAUUUGUGAAAAGGGUCACUUCCCAUGAGGCUCAUGUUCCUGUGAGUUUGAGUGUCCCUGUGUGUAUUGAGAAUGAGAGAAGUAAUAUAUAGUUUAGCCUAGUAGCCUUAAAGUUGGCACUUCUCGUGUGCAGAGCAUAGAGAGGGCUGUUGUAAGCAGCUACAGAAUGCAUUACAGCCAUGGAGGUUUUCUGCUGCUUCAAUACAUUAGGUUACAGUGAAAUCACAGUCAUCCUGGAUGAUUAAUGCUCUCAGACUUCAGACUGCACAAGUAUGGUAAUGUUGCUGACACAACAUUCUUUGUGAAGGGCCCCACAUGAUACUGACUUUAGACAGGUGACUGGGGACCAGCAGAACUUGUAUCCAAAGGAGGGGCAAGGGCCAACCUCAGCUUUUAGUAGCUUUGUAUUUUCCUGUAGGUUUUUAAUGGGGUGAGGGAAGGUCCAGGCCUGGCAUGCUUGAUGUGCUUAAAUGUGCAAAGUGAUAUAUAAGCGCUUAGUGAGGGAAUUCUGUGUGGUUACUGAUGUGCAGAGAAGGGAUACUCAGAAAGCCACCGUAUUCUGCAUUAGAAAAAGCUACAAUUUAAUGGAAGUGGCUCAGUUUCCCAGCACAUAAUGCUACUGGGUCUGGUCUGAGUUAGCUCUAUCUGCCUUCUUGGGCAUUUUCUCUUCUAGUGACAGUAUGCUGCAUAUGCUUUUUUCUGGUGCUUAUUGGUAUAGCUUCUCAUAAGUAUCUGAAGAGACUGCUCUGAGGGAGAACUGGGUUUGCACAGGUUUCCUUUGACCUUGCCUACUGUAUUCCGUGUAAUCUUUUUCCAGCCCAAUUCAUAAAAUGCAAGUAUCUUCCUAAAGACUACACUGCUAUUCUGUAUAUCCCAUCUCACCAUCAGCAGGCACAGUUCUGGAGCCCCAGUUCCUACUGACUCAUCCACAAUUGGUGUGGUGUGAGUGCAUAUAAGCACAAUCGCACAUUUAAUUUGACCUCUCUCUGAAGGAUGUCUUUUGAUGUUUUGAGUUUGUGUACAUAAGAUGUACACUAGCUAGUUUGCUAAAGGCUUGAGGGUGAUACUGUAAACGUGACACUGCCUGUAGUAUACACAUUUACUUCUUUGUCCUACCCUAGUGUCCAAUCAAACCAGUUCUGCACAGUAAAUCCAACUGUACAGUGGGAAAGUUGACAACUGACAAACAUGCAGUUAUGUAACUACCACAACUGCAAUAGUGUGUGAAUUUCAGGGUGACUGGCAGGGAUUACCAAUAAAUAGUGCCCAUGAUUAGCACCACUUUUGCCAUUCCCCUCCAGUGUUCAGAGCAUUUUUGGAACUUGAAGGCUUGAGAAAUUUUUAUGUAUCUACACACAUGCAUUAAGAAGAAAAAAUGUGCAGUUCCCCUUAAGAAAUAAAUUGAUGAGACUAGAAUUUUACUUUAGACACUUUUGCUGCUCUGUUGACUUGCAUUGAAAUUCUUUCCCCGAGUGGAUAGAAUCAAUUUUUGUUUUUAAAAUGUUUUUUAUAUUUAUAUUUGUUACAAUGCACAUCUCUUUUUAAAAGUAACCUGAUUUUAAAAGAAACCUAAAUGUAAAUGCAACAAACGUGUAGAAGAAAGCCUGCACUUAAUCUCUUGAAAUGCACGCAUGAGUGCAAUGCUUCCUUUAUCUAUAAAAAAGAGAAGCAUAGGGGGGAAUCUGACUUCUGAGGUUAAGCAUUAUAAAUGACACAGUAAGUCGUAUAUGAUAUUUAUUCUUGUGGGCUUCCUACUGGAACCAAUGACUAACAAAUCACAAGCAAUAGGAUCCAGGAAAUGCCUUCCUGUAUCUCACAAUCAUCUGCUGAGCCCAUAUAGAUCAUCUUAUUCUUCUAGUGUAUUAAUACACUGAGCUUUGUAGUAUGUUCCAUUUCAAGUUAUGAAUAUUUAUCACUCUUCCAGCCAAAGACCAUGGACAGUAACUUUUCAUCACAUUGAGAAACAAAUGUCCCCCCUCCCCUAGCAUCUACAGCAUCUUCCUUCUGGAAAAAUUUGAGCACUAGUUGGAGUCUAUUCCUAACAUGUUUACUCAAAUAUAAGCCCCACUUUGCACAAUGGGACUUGCCUCCAAAUAAAGAUGCAUAGAAUUACAGGCAGAGCCUUCAAGCAAGUGAUCAUGACAGAGAGCCAAGCAGAAAUUCAUCUCUAAGGACAGAGCUACACAUUGUGUGUAGUUCAACUGUCCUUUUUUUACAGGAUGCAAUGACUAGUGCUGUAAUUUAAAGGAGAGGACUGAUGUGGAGGAGAAAGGACAAUUCCCCCCCCUUGUACCCUUAGCAAACUGUUUUUACCACUCCUGGGGGGAAAAUACAGCUUUCAGAAAGAGUUUGUUAUGUAAAGGCAGUUUUGUUGAGGUGACUUAGAGUAAAGCAGGAAAAGAUGAAAUGGUUAAAGUUCAUCUCUGCCUGCCACCUUUAAAUGGUAACCCCCUAUGGCUGCAUUUUGAAAGUAAAAAGAAUCAUGAAACUGCAUGUGACACCUUAAGUAGGCAAUUUAGUAGUCUUAUAAAGGCUGUAUUUAGCUGCCAACAUAAUGUUUUAAUUCUUACAGCAAUCAGUUAAUAUGCAUGCUUGUUCAAGAAAUAUAUAUAUUUGGAUUCAAAAUGGAAUACAUCAAUGGUUUUAAUUUUUUUAACUUAGUGAUUUAAAGUGUGGUUUAUUAUUUUACUGCCUUGAUUUAAAUCAGUUCACCUUGUCUUCCUUACACUUGUAUGAAGCUGUCACUAAAUCAUAGAUAGUACUUUAGUAGUAGCUAUGAGGUAGUACUUAAGGAGGAGUAGCUCCCAUUGUUUCACAGAAAAAAUUGCCCAUACACAGCCUGAGAGUUAGUUUCCUUUUCCUAUUGCUAGCUGUGGUGGGAAAGAGCACUGCAGAAGCCAAAUCCAGACACUUUCUGAAAUAUAUGUACAAAACCACCAGAACUUCAUCUGAGUAAUGAACAAAUAAGGGAGCGGUUUUGUUGUACUAGUGUCCUGUGCUUCCUAGGUAUACAUGCCAUACAAGAGCUGGAGCUAUCCCAGUUUAUCUUCUCAAAAACCCUUUCAGGUGGGUGGGGUGGGAGAGUGCAUGAAUAUGACUAGUCCAAGAUCACCCAGUAAGCUUAAAUCCCUGAUUUGGAGAUUUCAGUUCUGGUUGCCCUGAUCCACUGUACUAAUUUUCUGGAACUGUGCCCAAGAGAGUCAUACAAACUACUCCAAUAACUAAAAUAAAGAAUGCUGGUUUAAAUAUAA